UAAUGUAAUAACUUUAGAUCCACAAGUAAGAUGCUGAUCUAACUUAACGCAAAUUCGAUAAGAAUUAAGGAUUCAUAUCUAAAUUAAAAAAAAUGCUUCUUGUAUUUUCAUUUCAUUUAAUUAGGAUUAAAAGUUCAAGGAUAUCAUAUACAUUCUUGAAUCUAAUGAUGGAUUCAUUAUAAUGAAUCUCCAAUAAUUUAUUAAACAAGUAUUACCAGAAUAAUUUAAACAAAUUAAUUAUCAGAGUUUUAGAAGGUUAUAACAAUUUUCUAUUAAUUUUAGGUAACUGAAUUAUUAUGGAUUUAAAUGUUUAAAUAAAGAGAAGAAUAGUGUUGNACAGGAGAAGACUUAGCAUUAUUAAAGGAAGUGUUGGAUGUUGCUAAACCAAAAUUAGUUGCAUUAUAAAUAUCAGAAAAACAAUUAGAAGAUGAAUAUAGACCUAUACUUAGGAAUCCACAUUUACAGGAAAUUAUGAAGAAAGUAGAUUAUUAUCUAAAAACAAAUCCUGAGGAAGUGACAAAGAUGAAAGAACUUGAUUUCUAUGCAGGAUUAGAAAAUAUAUAUGCUAUGCAUUAUUGUUAAUAGAAUAGCUGUAAAGUAUAAUAUGUUUUAAUUCUAGAUAAUACCAGCAGAUGAACAUCCGUCAUUUUAUGAUUAAUUAUAUACUUAGAAAAUUGGAUUAAAAGAAGUCACAAAAAGUGGAAAGGUUGAAAUACCAGAAAACUUGAAAUAAUUAUAUUAAUCAUAUGAUAUGAGUGAUUUAGAAAAGACAGAGGAAGAUAUUAAGGAAGAUAUAUAUAUCAAAAAAAGAGCAGAUGUUUUUGUAGAUAAAAUUGUACAUGAAUUGACUCCAACAUUUAAUAUAAUUCCAGAUGUUCCUUAUAAAGUUUUAGUUGGAAUUGUUGAUCCUAAAUUAUAAAAUAUGAUAGCUAAAGAAUGGAAAUAGAGAUUUCUUAGCAUUUAUGGACAUUAAAUUUUAGAAGAUGAAUAACAUAAUCAAUAAUAAUCAUAGAUUUAAUGA